UUUGACAUAAUUAAUAUCAACAAGAAAAGUAUUCAAAAAAGUUAAUUUCAAUUUCAGAAGUGUUGAGUAGACAAUUUUUACCUAUAACAAAUAAGAAACAAGUAAAUAUUUUGUUAUUUAUAAAAAUGUAAGAAUGUCAGGGGAAGAAUCUGCUGAAAUUCGUCAAAAUAAUGAGUUAGAAGCUUUACAAGCGAUCUACAUUGAAAAUCUAAAAGACCUGCGUAAAAAGGCAGUAUGGAACAAAUGGUCACCUUUAAACCUUUCCAUUACAUUAACACCCCAACAAGGAAGCUUGGGAACAACUCAUAUUUACGUACAAGUUGACAUGCAUCUGAUAUGUGACGAAAACUAUCCGGAGAGCAUCCCUAAAAUAUCACUAGAGAACAGCAAAGGUUUGUCCAAUACCGUAUUGAUUGAAUUACAAGGAUGUCUUGAACAAAAAGCGUUAGACUUAGUAGGCGAAGAAAUGAUAUUUCAACUUUGUCAGCUUGUUGAAGAGUUUCUUCAUAAACAUAAUAAACCUGCAUCAAAAAGUUUUUAUGAAGAAAUGCUUGACCGCAGAAAAGAGCAAGAGAUAAAAGAAUCACAAGCAAGACAGAUGGAACUAGAAAAAAAGAGGCAGUAUAUGAUGGAAGAAGUACAAAAACGAGAAGAAAUAUUAAUAUUGGAAGCAAAAAAAUGGAGGGAAACUCGACAUAACUCCGAAAACGGUACAGACGGAGAAGAUAGAAGAACAUCACUCGGUUUCAGAAAAUAUGCUACUAGUUCUACAGACACAAGUGAAGAAUCAUCUUGCCAACAUAAAGGUACUGCGAAUAUAAAUUUCGGCAAUAGGGAAGUACACAGAGGAAGAUGUAUAAAACAUUCCGAUUCCAAUCACGUUACUUAUAGUGGAAUAGAUACAGAAUCUGGGGAAUAUGUUAUUAUUAGUGAAUGGAAAUUUCAAAGUAACAACGAACAACAAGUUAUUCAACGUCAGUUGGGAAGCAUAGAACAAGAAAUAAAUUACUUAAUGAAGUUGAAGCAAGCAAAUCUUUCUCAGUAUUAUGGUGUUAAGUAUGAAUUCGAUGGUGAUAAUGUUACGGUGUACCUGCUUAAGGAAUUUGUAUUAGGUUCUAACUGCUAUUCUCUAUUUAUUAGCCAAAAUCUUAAAAUAGAUACAGAUUAUCUAAAGUAUUUAGCCCGAGGAAUACUUAUUGGUUUAGAUUAUCUACAUAGAAACAAUGUUGUUCAUAGAGAUAUUAAAGAUGCAUGCGUGUAUAUUAACGAAUCUGGUGUCGUCCAGAUUGCGAAUUACAGUAUACAUCGACGGAUGUUAGAUCUGACUAACCAAACGCAUCAAAAUUACAAUAAAAAGACUGAUAUUUUUAAGUUUGGACUUCUCGUAUUGUCCCUUUUACAGGGUUUUACUUGCACGGAAGAAAGUAUGGAAAUACCUAACACAUUUUCUUCAGAUGUAUAUGAUUUUUUAUCUAGAUGUCUCGCAAAAGAAGAAUCUGAUCGCUUUACUGCCUCCCAACUAUUAAAUCAUUCAUUUUUUAAUAGACCUAUCGUAAACUUUUCUCCAAAACAUGCAAACGAAGUGAUAGAAACAGAAAGAAAUUUUUCGCCUGAAAAUAUCCAGGCGGACUUACAAAUUCUAUCGCAAAACUUGUCAAAUGGUCAGUCGAGAAUUAAUAAUGAAUUUGAGUUCUUACAACAUCUGGGAAAGGGAGCUUAUGGUGAUGUAAUUAAGGUAAGAAAUAAGCUAGAUGGAGGUUACUAUGCUAUUAAACGUAUACAAUUAAAUCCAAAAAAUAGAGCUUUAAAUAAAAAGAUCGUUAGAGAAGUUAAAUUAUUAUCUAGACUUAAUCAUGAAAAUGUGGUACGUUACUUUAACUCCUGGAUAGAAACAACGACGAUUAAGGAUGAAUUCAAUAAUACUUCAAGUUCUAUUUCUCCCGAGGAGAGAAUACCACAAAUUGUUAGAAAAACAGAGUUUACUUUAAAUGACAACAUUGAAGCUUUAGCUCCAUCUAUGAAAAAUGUGGAAGUUUCUAUUACAUAUGAUAGUAAAUCUCAAGCGCCAUAUAUCAGUUCUUCUGAUGAUGAGUCAAGUGACGAUGAUGAAGGUUGGGGGCCGAGAUACGAAGAUUCCGAUUCUGAUUCUGACAGUAUAGCAUUUGAACAUGAAUCAGGUUCUGAGGAAAAAAAUCUAUCAACUACUGUAUCGAGUCAGCACCGAUCGAGUUCUCCAGAUAUUCCUACUGAAAUUGUAAAACAGAUCGAUUUCAUGUAUAUCCAAAUGGAGUUUUGUGAAAAAAGUACUUUACGAACAGCCAUUGAUAAUAAUUUGUAUAUAGAAGAGGAUCGUAUGUGGAGGUUGUUUAGAGAAAUUGUUGAGGGAUUGGUAUAUAUUCAUCAACAAGGAAUGAUACAUCGAGAUCUGAAACCAGUGAACAUUUUUUUGGACUCUGAAGAUCAUGUUAAAAUUGGGGAUUUCGGCCUAGCUACAACUAAUAUAAAGUCUAAACAAAGCGAAUUUCUAAUUUCCAAGAGUAUUCUAGAAAGUGAUAAAGAAGAGACUUUCGAUGAAAGUAAGACAGGAUUUGUUGGAACCGCUCUCUAUGUAGCACCCGAAAUCAGUAUAACUUCAAAAGUUGUGUACAGCCAGAAAGUGGACAUAUUUAGCUUAGGUAUCAUACUUUUUGAAAUGUGUUAUAAACCAUUAGAUACUUCCAUGGAAAGAAUUAAAAUUUUAACCAAAUUAAGAAAUAAAGACAUUAUAUUUCCUGCCGACUUCCAUGAAAAAAAUACUGGAAAACAAGAGCUAUUAAUUAGAUGGCUACUAGACCAUGACAUAUCUAAGCGUCCUACAUCGCAGGAACUUCUCCAAUCUGAACACAUUCCUCCACCAGUACUAGAAGAAUGCGAACUUCGAGAAUUGGUGCGACAUACAUUGAAUAAUCCUCAGUUGAAAGGUUACAAAUAUUUGAUAGCAUCCUGUUUCAAGCAGUCUGUAACACAUGUUCAAGAUAUAACGUAUGAUAAGGAUCCUUCCGCUCAAAACGUGGUCAAACCUUUACUUCUGCAAGAGUUCGUUAAAGAGAUAUGUAUUAAAAUAUUUAAGCAACAUGGCGGACAAAACUUAGCAACCCCAUUAUUGAUGCCGAAAAGUAAGUUUUACGAAAAUCUGGAUUCUUGUGUCAAGCUCAUGACCCAUUUUGGAGGUAUCGUAUCCUUACCUCAUGAUCUCAGGGUUCCUUUUGCUCGAUAUAUAGCUUGGAAUGGUAUCACAAAUUUUCGGCGAUACUCCAUAGAGCGAGUUUAUCGAGAAAAGAAAGUAUUUGGCUUUCAACCUCGUGAACUUUACGAAUGCGCCUUCGAUAUAGUCACCUCGUCUCCAGGUUUACUAAUGGCAGAUGCAGAAAUUCUCUAUAUAGUGUACGAAAUAUUAAACGAUUUACCAGGGAUUAGAAACAAGAACUUUGUUGUAAGACUUAAUCAUAAUCUACUACUUAAAGCAAUUCUGUUACAUUCCGGAAUUAAAGAAGGCCAUCAGGAAAUUUACGAUAUGGUGUGGGAUAUAAAGGAAGGAAAAAUUCCAAAAUAUCAGUUACAAAAUCAUUUUGUGACACUUGGACUUUCAGAUAAUACUAUAAAUUCAUUAACGAAUUUCUUCAAUACUGAUUGUGAAAUAUCGAAAGCAGCAAAUCAUUUUCAGUCGAUUACAAAGAAAAGAUCUGGUGAAGCUAGCCAACUUGCGAGGCAAGCUUUACAGGAAUUAAAAGUCAUUAGUCAGAAUGCAGAAAUAUAUGGUGUAAAGUACGACAUGGUCAUUUCUCCAAGUCUUGUAUACAAUGUUCAGCAGUAUUCCGGUAUGAUUUUCCAAUUCGCAUGUGAGUUUAGAAAGAAACACAAGCACAAUACGAUGGAAGUACUGGCUGCAGGUGGAAGGUACGAUUCUAUGAUUUCUUCGUAUCGUACCAUUAUGGAACAAGCCAGUAUAACCAGUAAACAUGUUCAACAAUCUGCUGUAGGCGUUUCAAUAUCACUAGAUAGAUUGGUACAAGCUCUUCAGAAAGAACCAACUGAAGAAUUGCCAAAAAUGGAAAGUCUAGACGUUGUUGUUUGCUCUUCUGGUGCUAAGCAAAUGAUUCAAGAGAAAACUAAGAUAUUAAGAAGCCUUUGGAGUGCCGGUAUCCGAAGUGCAUUGAUUGAAACUACCAAUAUGGAGGAAAUUAGAGAACAGUUUCAAUGAUUUAAAUAUUGUUCAUGCUGUUUUAUUAAAAGAUAAUGAGCAAAACAUAGUUCGAGUCAGAAGCUGGGAUAAAGACAGAUUUCAAGAGAAAUCAUUUCCCACUACAGAACUGGUAGAAAACUUACAGAGAAUUAUGAAAACGUGGAAUGAUAGUAAUCAAGAGAAUAUGCAGUUGACUUCUAUUUCACGAUCUGACAGUCGUUCUUCAUAUGCAGACAAAAACCAACAUAACCAAGAAGCAGAUGUGGAUGUCCUAUUUCUAACGGUCGACAAAAUUUCGUCCAAUGCAAGAAAGAGAUAUGAAAAUCAGAUACGAUCGCAGUUAAGUAAUUUGUUUAAAAAACUGACCGGAUUUGUAAUAGUCCUCGGACUGUCCGUAGAGGCAAAUGUUAUAAGAACAUUGGCGUCGUAUUUGGAAUUUGAAACAGAACAACAAUUUCAAAGAACGUCGAAGAUGUAAUAGAAAAGCAUCCUCGACACAAGAAGUACCUAAAUAAACAUAUGUGAUGAAAUUUAUGACCAAAAAACUAAAAGAAAAAAUCCAACUGUUGUUUUAUACAGUUUACCUGACAAUUUCCAUAAAGUAAUUUUUUAAACCAUUUUUAUCUGUAAAUAUAGGAAAUAAAAAUAUUUUUUAAU